AUGUUAGCGGGAACGAUUGUAUCUAGCUUCUAUAUUCUCGCUGGAGCAGUUAGUGCGGUCGGGGCCUUGAACGCAGUCCCACACAAUCCGCACAAGAUAUGCAAGAUCCUGGCUGGAGGAUCAGAAACGGUUGAUGAUGCACCAGCUAUUCGCCGCGCCUUUCGGGAAUGCAAUCACGGGGGAAAGAUCGUCUUUCAGAACACCACCUACCAUGUCAACACGGUGCUGAAAACCACAGGGCUGGUCGACGUCGACAUCGACCUUUAUGGAACUCUUUUGUGGGGAACGGACAUUCCUUACUGGCGCAAUAAUUCACUCCCUGUCGGAUAUCAAAAUAUGUCGACGGCCUGGGUGAUCAGCGGUAAGCAUCUGAGAUUCAAUGGACAUGGACAUGGAACAUUCGAUGGAAAUGGCCAGGCCUGGUACGAUUUUACUGCCGGAGAGUCAAACCUUCCGGGAAGGCCCCAUGCUCUCACUGUAGCCAAUACCACGAACGCCGUAUUCCAGGGCAUCAGAUUUGUGCAGAGUCAGAUGUGGACAUUGUCAAUCAUCCACACCCAUCAUACACUGUUCGACUCAAUCUAUGUGAACAACACAUCAGCGAACAAAAAUUCUGCGCAUAAUACGGAUGGUGCGGAUACUAUCUAUAGCUCCCACAUCACAUUCAAUAACUGGUUUGUGGACAACGGCGACGACAGCAUUAGCGUGAAAGCCAACUCCACCGAUAUUCUGAUCACAAACUCCACUUUCCAUCGCGGUCUAGGUAUCGCCGUCGGAAGCAUUGGUCAGUAUAGAGACGCUUUCGAGACAAUAGAGCGGGUCCGAGCGGAGAAUAUUGUUUUCGAUGGCACCCUGCAUGCGCUAUAUUUUAAGACCUGGACGGGCGAACAAGUGAGCUAUCCACCUAAUGGCGGAGGAGGCGGUCUUGGCUAUGCCACCGAUCUCUCAUGCUCCAAUCUGACGGCCCAAAACCUCAGAGGUUCUGCAUUUUCCAUCUCACAGUGCACAUCAUUCUCGGACGCAGUCGGCAACUGUACCUCUUCCAAAUUCGAAAUUGGCAACAUUACCGUGAACGGAAUUUCGGGAACUACGAAGAAAAAUACCGUAGCAAGCUUUCAAUGUAGCGCUGUCAAACCAUGCAGAAAUAUCGCGCUGGAGGGAGUGGAUCUGGUACUGGCAUCAAAUGGAACAAAGGCUGUCGACUACCUCUGUGGCAAUGUGAUUGGGACAACAGGUUUCAACUGCACCGGAAAGGCUUGUGAGGGAAAAAGCGCCACCGGUGAAUGGGCGCUAUGGCAAACCCUUCUACUGGCAGAUGCAUAUGACAUUCUCGUUCAGGACGAGAUUAUCACGGAGCCAAAAACCCCAUCCAGGCCAUCAAUCAGGGCGUCGGCUCCCACCAUCCGGCGAAGAUCCUAUCUCAAUUCAUCGCGGCGGACUCGACCUGAAGAAGCAAGCCCUAAUAACGCCAAGACCGGUGUGGGAAGAAAGCAGAAAUUGUGGACCGCGGAAAAUGGGGUCUGA